CUAUCGCCUAUUGCUGUCGUGAGCACUGAAGGAGAUGAUGCACACAGAGCACGUGGCACAUAGCAAGUGCUCAGUAAAGGCUUUGCUUUGGUGACUGACAAGCGGUACCAACGGAAAGAGCCUGUUAUCAGUUCUGUGCAUGCCAAGGUGAAAGGGAUAGCAGAGGUGAAAGAGGAGAUUAUGGAGAAUGGACUGAAGAAGGUAGCGUGCAAUGUCUUCGACAUGGCAGAUUAUACCGUCCCCCUGCAGGGGAACUCCUUUUUUGUGAUGACAAACUUUCAGAAGACAGAAGGCCAAGUGAAAGGGUUGUGUCCCGAGUAUCCCACCCGCAGGACGCUGUGUUCCUCUGACCGGGGUUGUGAAAAGGGAUGGAUAGGCCCACACAGCAAAGGAAUCCAGACUGGCAGGUGUAUAGAAUAUAAAGGGAAGCAGAAGACCUGUGAAGUCUCCGCCUGGUGUCCCGUCGAGGCAGUGGAAAAGGCCCCAGAGCCUGCACUCCUGGGCAGUGCUGAAAACUUCACUGUGCUCAUCAAGAAUAAUAUUGACUUCCCUGGCCACAACUACACCACGACAAACAUCUUGCCAGAUUUAAACACCACUUGCACCUUUCACAAGACUCAGAAUCCACAGUGUCCCAUUUUCCGACUAGGAGAUAUCUUCCGAGACACAGGAGAUAACUUUGCAGAUGUGGCAAUUAAGGGAGGAAUCAUGGGCAUUGAAAUCUACUGGGACUGCAACCUGGACACGUGGUCCCAUCACUGCCGUCCAAAAUACAGUUUCCGUCGCCUUGACGACAAGACUGCCAAGGAGUCCUUGUACCCUGGCUACAACUUCAGACAUGCCAAGUACUAUAAGGAAAAUAAUACUGAAAAGCGGACCCUGAUAAAAGCCUUUGGGAUCCGUUUUGACAUCCUGGUUUUUGGCACCGGAGGCAAAUUUGACAUUAUCCAGCUGAUGAUUUACAUCGGUUCGACCCUCUCUUACUUUGGUUUGGCCACUAUAUUCAUUGACCUUCUCAUCAACACUUACUCAAGGAAAUGGUGUCGAUCCCAUAUUUAUCCCUGUUGCAAGUGCUGUGAACCCUGCGCAGUCAAUGAAUACUACUACAGGAAGAAGUGUGAAUUCAUUGUGGAGCCAAAGCAGACAUUAAAAUAUGUGUCCUUUGUGGAUGAACCCCACAUUAGGAUGGUAAACCAAAGGCUACUUGGGACAAGUCUGCAAGAUGUCAAAGGUGAAGAAGUCCCAAGACCCCUGAUGGACUUCACAGACUUGUCCAGGCUGCCGUCUCUUCACGACCCACCCCCCAUUCCUGGACAACCAGAGGCUAUCCAGCUGCUUAGUGAAGAGGUAACCCCGAGGUCCAGCGACCGCCCGGAUUGGUGCCAGUGCAAAAAUUGUCUCCCGUCCCAACUCCCUGAGAAGCAAAGAUGCUUGGAAGAGCUGUGCUGUCGGAAGGAGCAGGGUGCCUGUAUCACCACCUCAGAGCUGUUCAGCAAGCUUGUCCUGUCCAGACAUGUCCUGCAGUUCCUCCUGCACUACCAGGAGCCCUUGCUGGGGCUGGAUGAAGAUUCGGACAACAGCCGGCUGCGGCACUGCGCCUACAGGUGCUACACCACCUGGCGCUUUGGCUCCCAGGACCUGGCUGACUUUGCCAUCCUGCCCAGCUGCUGCCGCUGGAGGAUCCGGAGAGAGUUUCCCAAGCCCGGAGGCCAGUACAGUGGCUUCAAGAGUCCUUACUGAUAUGCUGAGCAGUCAUAUAACACCGCCUUGCUUGCACCUUGAGCUUCACCUGCAAAGAUGUGUGUCCAGAUUUUCAGCCAAAGGGAAAUGUGCUUUCCUCCACCCCCAGCUCUACGUGUGUCAGAGGCAAAGUGACCAGGGUAAACAAACAGCAAAGAAACCAAAAUCCCUCAGCAUGGCCUGAGACUCAAGAGAUUCAGAUUUAUAUCUCCAUUCUAUCCCUAGCAAGUUGUGUGACUCUAGGCCUUUCACCUCUGCACCUAAGCUGCCUUAUUAUCCAAUCUAUUGUUUCACAGGGAUAUUAGGGAUAUUAGGAGAGCACUCUGAGACAGCGUACGUGAACUUUCUU